AUGCCUGGGCACGUCCCAAAGCUGCCCCAGGCUGCCUGCAGCUCAUGUCACACGCGGAAAAUCAAAUGCGAUCGCCGUCCGGGAAGCUGUAGCGCAUGCUCAAAGAUCCAGCUAUCCUGUCGAUACCCCACGAGCGAGCAAAUUCUGAAACGCCGUGCGCCGAGGGGUCCCUACAAGAAGAGGAAGUCUCACCGGGAGCGGGAGCUGGAAGAUCUGGUCAAAACCAUGACAGAAAGAUGCAACGAGCUGGAGGAUGCCGCGAAUGCAGCUCUGAAUCGCUCGCUCCGUUAUGCGGGCUCGCCAGACUCGAGCCUGGAUUUGAAUAUAGAGGAAUAUCACAACGAAGUCCGAGAAUCGUUAAGCCCGAAGUCUGUUGUCACGUCAACGUAUUCUGGCUCGUCCUCCGCAGAAUGUCCGGAUUCUUCGCGGCGAAGCUUGCCUCUUCGUUUUGAUCCAGGACCUGUGACGCCUGGACGCUCCGAACGGCUGACCCCAGAGCUUGUGUCCUGUGGGUUGUCUGGGCCUCAAACACUGGAGCUGUGGCACAUCUACCGAACUCAGAUUGAUCCGGUGACGAAACUAAUCCACUGUCCGUCCUUCUCAGCGCAGAUUCUACUUGCAUUAUCUCGCCCCUCAAUCGUCGAUUCCUGCCUGGAAAUGCUUGUGUUUAGCAUCUGUUAUGCGGCAGUCGAUGUUCUCUCCGCUGGCGAGGUUGAAACUCGGUUCCAGCAGAAGAAGGACGUCCUUGCUUCUUGUUACAAGAAAGGGAUGGAGCGCGCUCUGGGCGAGGCGGCCUCCCGCCAGAUGCCGUCAUUGCAUGUCCUGCAAGCCCUUGUCCUUCAUGCGAUCUGCCUGUUCCGCCGGUCUGGGGACGGUGCGCCAACAGGCACGGCUCUACUUGACAUGGCCGUAUCAGAAGCGUGUCUCCUCCUUCCAGAAAAUGGAAGCAGUUACCACGACAACCUCUCCGUGCUUGAGACGCAACUCUUGCUUCGUUGCUGGUGGGCACUAUAUGCUCUCGAUUAUCACAGGGCUGCAAAAUGCGGCUGUGACCCAAGUGCUAGCCUCCAGUCCAAGCAGGUGGCGCUUCCUCUGAACCUGAACGACAUCGACCUCAGCCCCAACAUGCAGCAGCUUCCUGUUCCCAGGACAUCAGUCACCGAGAUGUCCUAUUUUCUGGUGGUCGUUGAACUCACUCUGCUUGACGCAGUAUUGCCACAACUCCAGGCUAGCGAGCCCGAAAGCGAGCAUUUCAAAAGUCUCGGGUCCAUUAUCAACGAACGCACAAUGCUGAAUCCCGUCGAAAUUCAGAUGCUUGAAAUGGGACAAAUAAUCUAUUCAACUGACAAGUUGCUGGACUGUGCCGCAAGCGCCGCGUUGUCAGAAAAGACUUUCUCACUGGCUUUGGAUGUUACCGAGUGUUGGUACAUCCUCAAAACUCACCCGAAUUUGUCAGCGUGGAGUUGGUACACCGACAUAUUCCGCCGCAGAUACGACGCGGAUUAUAUCAAAGCGAAAGUGGCUGAACUACCAGAAUCAGAAGAGCGGACUCGAGCUCAGACGCUGCUCGUGCUUGAUAGAGCUUCGAACAAGUCGCCCGCGAUGGGCGUUUGA